ACUGCGCAGACGCAGUCGCGCCGAGCCGCGCAGCUCCUGGGCCAGCCUCUGCCAGCACGCAGUGUUUGUUUACACGCCGCGCGCGACGCGACGUUUGCACCGGCCGGCGACGCUCCGUGUCUGCAGACGAGUGACAGGUCCGCGGUCUUGCGACGGGUCUUCGGUGGGCACACGCCGCUUGUGCCGACGGGUCCUUCGGAACGUAUGUGACGCGUUCGCGGAUGUUCGUUCUCGGUCCGUUCCGUGCGGUACACCUGUUAGUCGAGUGUUCGCGCAAUUAUCGACAGAGCGAGCUCCGUGUGACUCUCCCAGCAGAGGACGCCGGAUUUUUAUCAGUAUGCUGCCUUCUGAGGCACCACCGUUGGUUGACAUGUGUAAUUAAAAGACGCGAGUUUUGCGCGUCAGUGCUUUUUACGAGUACGAUCUCAAUGUGUAUGUCGUGGUGCUUCUUGUGACGACUCGCUGUAUCACUGGCCCGAUCUGCAGCGGGUGUACAGUUUGUGUGCUGCAUUGAAAGCCAGCAGAGCUUUAGAGUGGUUCUUAUUGCCAUGAAAGUGAAACUGCACAUCGCUGCUGUGGACGUGGAAACAUUCUUCUCGGGUGUGCUCUGGCUCAACCUGCUGCGCCACAAGUGACAGGCAGUGACUUUCGUGAUUAUUUGAUUGAAACUGUGAGGAGUCUACAUUGCGGUACGUGUUGAUUGGAGAAAGAAUGCUGUCACUGCGAGUAGUUCGCAAUUGUCUCCUGCACUUGCUUAAGGGAUAGAGAAGAGAUUGAUAAUAGGUUUUUUUCUGAAAUUGUUUCUGGUUCACAUUCAAGGGAUAAUGAACACCGUUUGGUGACAAAACAUUGGCACUCUCAGGUGAGGGACUGUGGUAGUGUAACAAAAUCUGUAGGUAUUUUGAUGACACUGGAGAAAUCUAGAGAAGGUGUGAUACCAUUUGGGCUAAAGUGAGGCGGUAACUACUGAAAGGCCGUCAUACCUCUGUUUUCGUCGAUACCUGUUGGAUGCUGGUGAAUCAGUGAUCGCGGCAGAGCGGCACCGCAGCGCCUGGUGAAAGUGAAGUGCACAGUGAAGCGAGGCCAGCUCGAGCGUCGCCGCCGUCGCCAUGGCGGACGCCACGGACCGGUCGCCGCGGCGCUCGGCGUCGCGGCUGGGGCGUCGCCUGUCCCGGCGCCUGUCGCUGGUGACCAGGGUGCCCGGCCUCAUCUCGGCCAGGCUCAAGGACCGAGGCCCGCCGCCGCCGCGCUCCUUCGAGAUCACCGCCAUCGCCCCCGACAAGACGCAGCGCAUCCUUCCGGCGACGAGCCCGUACCUGGUGCUGCAGCUGGCGGCGCCCGUGCUGACGGAGUUCGGCCUGUGCGAGUACCGCCUGCGGCUGGCCGGCUCCAAAGCAUCCGUCGACCCUAACGCCGACGUCUCGCUCCUCGAGGGCGACAUCCUGCUCAUCGAUCCGCCCUGGACCUGCAGCGAACGAGCUGAGGGCGACUCGCGGCUGCGGCUGACGGAGCAGCUGUGGCACGGCGAGCGGCAGUUCUCGCGCGAGCUGUCGGCGGCCGGCGAGCUGUGGGCGGGCCCGCUGCGCAGGCUGCCCUCCGCGCUCAGCCCGCACCAGCACGACACCGUCUUCCAGGGGCUGGCCGCGCUCGCCAAGGCCGCCGCCGCCUUCGCCGCACAGAUCGGAGUGGUUGUGGCGAACUGGAACCCUGAAACUUCUGAAGUUGGGCAGCUCUUCUCGCAACAGCUGUGGGACAACUUCGAGGAGUACCAGGACACGUACAGACUGGCCAGAGAGCUGCUGCGUGAAAAGUGCGCCGAGGACGAGGAGUUCGUGGAGAUCUGCAAGCUGCGCCGCGGCGCCGCGCUCCACACCCUGGAGUCGCUGCUGGACCUACCGGUGCAGAGGCUGGCGCAGUAUGAGCAGUACCUGGCCGACUACCUGGCAGAGACGCGCGCCGACCACACGGACCAUGAGCAGCUCGCCAGGGCCUCCGCCAAGGCCAAGCAGGCUCUGAAGCGCGGACAGGAGGAGAGCGACCUUGAGCGCAUCCAGGACCUGUUCCCCAACGACUGUCUGCGUCUGUACGACAAGGAUGCCCUCACCAUGAAGAUGAAAGGGCUGAUCCGCAAGCGGUCGACGACCGCGGCGCGGCUGCAGCGCGCCCUGUCGGCCAAGGCGGCGAGGCCGUCGACGGGGAGCGAACCCAGCUCCCCCCAGCAGCAGCCGCAGCCGCGCGACAAACGCCAGUUCCUCAUGGAGGCUCCCGUCACCUUCACAACGGGCGUCCAGAGCCAGGAGCGCCACCUCUUCCUGUUCAACGACCUGCUGCUGGUAGCCAAGGCGCGCUCGGGCGGCAACUUCAAGCUGAAGGACAAGGUGCGCGUGUCCGAGAUGUGGCUCACCAAACACAGCAUCGAGGACGUCAUCGAGGUGCACAAGUCGCCCGAGACCUCUUUCGUCCUGGGCUGGCCCACCACCAACGUCGUCGCCACCUUCAACACGCAGGCGGCCCGCGACCUCUGGUGGAACAAGCUCAACGAGGUGGUCAGCACGGAACGCGACAAGGAGCCUCGCUCCACCAACAUCCAAGUCGUCUACUACGACGCCGCCACCAGCAUUGAAUACUGUAAAACAUUCAGUGUGAGCCCGGAAGAGACAGCUCGUGCUUGCAUCCGCCUUGCACUGCAGCACCUGGAGAUGCGUGGGCUGGAUCCAGAUGACUUCCAAUUGUGGGCAAAGACAUCCCGGGAGGAAGCACCAUACCCACUAAUUGGGCAUGAGCGUCCCUUCGCCAUCAAACUCAGUUGUUUACGUGACGGGCUCAGUGCUGAAGAGGGAUUCGACCUAGAUCACUGCAACAAUGUGCAUGGACCAGAUCCCCUAGCUAAAUGCCAAUUCAUACUCAGAAGCAAGCGGAAACCAGUAAGUGAAGCUACCUCAGGUUCCGAAAACAAAAAGAACAGCAAGAAAAGUCGGAAAUCCCCAAUGCGUAUCAGGCAGGUUUUCAGGCGCAGUAUGAGCAAAGGUGAAGACUGCACUGACUGCCCCCUUGGAGCUCUCUUUGGCCUGCCUCUCGCCAGGCUUAGCAAUGGAGAGACUUUACCAAGACCUGUGAUGGCAAUGCUUCAGCAAGUGUUUCUGAAAGGGCCGUUUACCCAAGGCAUCUUCCGGAAGUCAGCAAAUGCUCGUCUUGUGCGAGAACUGAGAGAUAAAUUAGAUGCAGGUGAAGAUAUCAGGUUGGAGCAUAUGCCAGUUCUUGUUGUAGCUGCUGUAUUGAAGGAUUUCUUGCGUUCCCUGCCUGAUCCGUUGUUGUGCUCUACACUGUAUCCAUUGUGGAUGGAAGCAGUUGAGUGCCAAGAUGAACAAGAGAAACUUCUGAGGAUAAAAAGUGUUCUGGAUCAGCUUCCAAAGCCAAAUCUACUGCUACUGUCUAUGUUCGUGUGUGUUCUGCACCACAUAUCACGUCGCUCAGCUCACAACCUGAUGACAGCUGCAAACUUGGGAGUGUGUGUGGGGCCAAGCCUUCUGUGGGCUGCGUCUCCAGCCACACUUACGCCAUCGUCUUCACGUGCAGUGCCAGCACUGGCAGAACUGCUUGUAGCACGUGCAGAACUCCUGUUUGGCCCACAUCUUCCUCUCAUGCUUGGCGAGCCACCCACUGAGAGGCAAGACAGUGGUGCUGAAGAAUCGGAUAGCCUCCACUCAGGGGGCCUGCGAAGAGACGAUUCUUCAAUUGAUAGUCUAGAGCGGGAGUUGCUUGAACCUUGUCCUCCACCACGCAAGGACAAAAUGUCACUGAGCAGGGACUCUGGGCUUACAAUGUCAGAUUCCCAGUUGUAUACCCCUGACGAGGAGGAAAGUGGCUCCAGCAGCUCUGGAUCUGGCAGGGCAUUGUACCCACCUGCUCAGCCUGCCUGCUACGACAUCCACUCUCAUAAUAAGGUGACAUCUUCAUACUCAGUCCCUGCAGCGGGGACGGCACAGAAUGUUGGUCACAACAAUGAAUCUCAAGUACAAAAUGUCCAGAGCACGACAAGAGAAUAUGUGAGAGUGUACAGUGGCUGGGAGGAACGGGUGCAGGAAUGUUGUCGCAAUCAGUCUUCUGAAGAUUCUAUAUACGCGCGGCCCGGUCAGAAACAGGGUCCGAAUCAACCCCCUGGGGUUAUAAACCCAAACUUUCAGAGGCAAGACUGGUUCAGACAACGGUCCCACCUGAAGAGGCUCAACAGUGGGGGUACUGGCAGUCCGGCCAGCUCAAAGUCCAGCCACCAGUCGGGCUCAAGCAGUGGCAGCACGUCUUCUGGUGUGGGCGGACUGCACCAGCACAACUACCGCUCUACAAAUGUAAACAACCUCAUCAGGAGAAGUGCGUCGGAGGAAUCUCUUCUGAAUGAUAUGGGGGAUCAUGGUGCAUAUGACACGGAAAAUGGACCAGUUCUCUACAAGAGGCCCGCACUGCAUCGGAAAGGACGUGCACCGCCACCUCCCCCACCUGUUAACAGCUCUCCGUGUUCAGAUCCCGUGUAUUCUCAUCGGAGUCCGCCAACCCCGAUAGUGAGAUCAAAAUCAGCACACCAUCUGUGCAGUGAACCUGAAUCUCCGGUACUUUCUUAUAACCAGGUGGAAUCGUCUCCAGUUGAAAACUGUGAACUCAAAGGUGACAUCCAAAUGAUGAGCAGCAAAUCACAGAGAACUGGGCAUCGCAGAGCAGCUCGUGCUUCAGUAGAAGAUUGGUCCCUGUCACGCUCUACACCACACAUACCGGUACUAGAUGAAGUUGACCGGUCGUACGACUCUAGCACCCUUUCUGAUGACGAUUCAACUCCACACGUGUCACGAUCAAAUUCACGUGGUAAAGACUGUGCGAGUGCAAAUUCUGCUUGGGACAAUGCUUAUGGGUCUACACCCUCAGAACUGUUAGUGCAUGCGGCACCUGUUAAUAUUAGAGAGGAAAGUUCGAGUGACUCGGACCAACCUUCUGAGCUACACAAACUUUCUUCGACACCCUCUGUACUUCGAAGAGUCAGUGCACCGGCAACUACGUCAGCUUCGACUCCUCUCCACGAGUCGUCGGCACCGCCUCUUCCUCCGAAGCGAUCUUCUGUCGAUGUAAAGCUGCGUCACCUUCCACCAGUUCAUGUGGAAACUGUGUCUCCGGCCAAUUCAGGUAAACUUUCAUCCCAGAUUUCGUAUGCAUCAAAAGAUGAAAAUAUGCAGUGGGAAUCAUCUGAACAAGUGCCAAGGAAGAGCUCGGAAUGUAGAGGUCGCAUAAGACAGAAAGAAGUUUCAAAUAGAGCAUCACAAAGAUCAAAAUCUUUGCCUCCACCACCCGGAGAAAAGACUCAAAAAGAGGAAGACUGCAAUACCACACAAAAUCAGGCUGAUCAAGAAAAAAACCUGAAGAGUGAAAUUUCGUGGAGUGUUUCCCACCUCCGAACGUUGUUCACAAAUGGUGUUCAGCCACCUCCAUACAGGCCUCCCCCAAGUGUAAUCCCAAGCUACAGAGCACCAAUCACUACAUACCACCUUGGAGACAACAGUCAGUCAGAGCGUUAUGUGGUCUCUAGGAGUCUUAAUCUAGAUUCGACACAGAGACUUCGAAUGGACUCAACAGAUGAGGAAGAAUCAUAUGUGUGAAGGCACGCUGUAUGUUGGUAAUAAUCAUGUACCUGAAAUAAAAGACAUUUAUGUUAGAAUGUAAAAUCUGUGGGUGCUUUAUGAGUGACUCAAUGAUAAAUUUUGACUGAAAUAAUUAUCAUGCAGUGUAAAUAUAACAUAUGUAUCAUUCUAUGAACUUAAUGUAACAGACUUUUAUAUAACAGAUAUCAUUGUAUAUUACAUAACAAAGCUUAAAUGAGCUGAUAUGAGAGUACUGUAACUCAAUAUCCACAGUGUGGAGAAUAUUUUUUUAUUAAUACAAAAACUGUCAAAUUUUUAAUUAUCUUUUCUAUUAAGUUAAUGAAAGUGUUCCAGUAGCUAGAGUAUCAGGAAUUGUGAGAGGAAAUGACAGCUGCAUAGAACUCCACAGAAGAAUUCUGUAUAUGGCACACUGGAAACACUUGCAAAAAUCAUGCAGCUACACAUACUUUUCUCAAAAAGUCUGUACCUGCAAAGUAUCAACUCUUAAUUGAAACUUUCACUCUCUUUUUAAUCAGCAUCGGAGUGGAGUGAAGUUAAAGAUGAAUGUAUUAAAGUCUAACUGAACGUUUGCUUCAAUGUACAUGCCACUGGUACUAGUCAGCCGAAGUCAGUCAACCAUUCUUCAUAACACAUUGAAGAAAUUUCUCAGGCAGAAUAUGUAUAUUUAUCACAAUUUAGUUCUUGCUGAGGUAAUGAUAACUCAGUAAUGUUCAUUUAUCACUAAUAGUGUUUACUGUCAUCUUUAUGCUCAUUGUUCCUGUAAAAAUGAGAUGAAAGAAUAUAAAUUUCAAAUAAAAUAAAUAUUGUGAAGACUUUUUGUACAUGUGUAUAGAUAUUUCUGAAAUAUACUUUCAUAAAAAUAUCAGUAAUUCAA